AUGUCUGCAUCACCGCCUCCGGUGGCCCCUAGAAAGCAUUCAGGUGUCCGAGUCAUGUUAAUUCCAGGGGAGCAGCAUCCUCCUGGUGGCCUGCCCGUCUACACACAUUUUGACAGAGAUAAUGCUGCCAUUGGGGAGUCAAGUUACAUAUCUCUAAUGAAUGCAGAGAGAGAAUUGGAGUUUAUGAACCACUGCUUUGACGACGUGGAGCGAUUCAUGGCACGCUUGCAGCAGACAGCUGAGGCCCAGAGUGUUCUCAACCAAAGAAGGAAAAAGAAAAGCAGAAAGAGCAAGAAGAAGGACGAAGAUAAUGAUUUGUUGAAACUGAAAGCUUGCCCUCCAUCAGAGGAAGAAUUUGUGGACAUCUUUCAGAAAAUCAAGUACUCCCUCAGUCUGCUGGACCGGCUCAAGUCAUCUAUUGCACAGCCUGAUGCACCAGAGCUGCUGCAUCACAUCUUUAUGCCUCUUAGAUUGAUGGUGAAAACCACUGGAGGGCCAGCGUUAGGAGCCUCGGUGGUCAGUCCUGCUAUGACCAGUGGGGCUGUUUCACUGCUCCAGGAGCAGCUAAGGGGAGAGGACAAGGAGCUGUGGACUUCAUUAGGGCCCAACUGGACUUCACCCUGUUCGCACCUUAGUGUGUCUGUAGCUCCAUACUCGCCUGUCUUCCUGGAUGGUUGGAAGCCUCAGUCCUAUGACUCAACAGGCCAGCUUUGUGAAGAUCCCAUCGAGUCACAGCACAAACAUGAUGCCCUUACGGAAAGUAGGAAGUCAAGAAUCCCACAGGACAAAGCUGGACAGACAGCAGAGCAUCCUGGUGAAGGCAACGAGGAGGUAGAAGGAAAUGUGCUCCCACCAGAGGGUGAGAGACUCUACUGCUGCAGUUAUGACUUUGUGGCUAGAAACAGCAGUGAACUCUCUGUGCUACAAGGAGAAACACUAGAGGUCAUUGAUUGGUCCAAGAAAUGGUGGAAGUGUCAAAAUCGCUUUGACCAGAUAGGAUUUGUCCCCUCUAAUAUCCUGGAGCCUCUGUCUGCUCUGAAUAACACUGGGAGAGACAACCCAGUGGUACGCAGAGAGUCAAAGAGGCCUCUUUCCACUCCGACAAAGUACUUCUCAUAUGCUCCAUCAAGCCCAGUUGGGACCAGUCCCACAGCCACAAGCCCAAUGCGUCCACAGAGCAUGGUUUUACCGUCAACACAGGGAGAAGACAGUGACCGAGUCAUGAUAGUGAAUGAUGAGCUUCUUCAGCGGUUAGCUGGGAAAAGAGGCUCAGUCCGUCCGCUGUCGACCCCCCACACAGCUGACACUACUCCCCUGAACUACCACUCACUGCCAGCCGAGGUGGAGGCCUGGCUCAACACUAAGGGCUUCAGUCAACAGACUGUUCAGAGUCUGGGCAUUUUAAAUGGAGCGCCUUUUUCCCUGAAUAAGGAGGCGCUCCGCACGGUGACACCAGAAGAAGGAACAAGAGUCUACAGCCAAAUUAUGGUGCAGAAGGCCCUUCUCGAGGAUGUGCGCAAAGCUACGGAACUAGAGACGGUGAUGGAGAAGCAAAAGCUGAAGAUUGGCCUGAACUCAGAGAAUGAUUGAUCAGAAUGAUCACUGAAACAGGUCAAUGGAGAGAACUGUAGUGUUGCAUAUAUAUAAUGGAUUAUAAUAUUCAAUCAUACAUGCUUUUAUAUCUAUAUGCUACAGAUUGGUAAACAUAUGUAAGCUGUGUUAAAAGUAAAGUCUCUCUAAAACUACUAUUUUAGAUUUUUACAUGUU